CUUCUCUGUAAAAAGGAAAGGCUCCUUUUGUUUAGGGCAAAUUGGCAGACCUGCUCAUAUUGAAAUCAGUCCACAGUCACCCCAUUGACUUCACUGACAUCACUAAAAGUGUCAUUAAUUAAAACAAGCAAACAAAUGGAAAAAAAAAAAUCCUGAUUUUGCUUAAAUAGAUUCACCCAUUCUGAAGCUGUCAGCUCCAUUGCCUGCCAGGGAACUACUCCCUAAGAAGGUAGUUGAAGGGAGAAUGGGAACAGGUUGUCUGGAUAGACAUGUAAGGUUAUCUGGAUAGACAUAAUUUUUCAAUGAAAAAAUGUAAUUUUUUGUUGUUUUCAAAAUUCCUUGGGGGAAAGGGGGAGGCAGAGGAGUCUGCGCUGAUUUGUGCUGCCCCUCCUGACACACAGCACACUGAGAGCGGUCCAGGUUGAAAAAGAGUCAGGUAUAAAAGGGUGAUGGAAUGAAACAAGUGGGAGUUGUGAUGUUUUUUGUUACCCAGUGUUUCACACACCUCUAGCGGCAAACCCUCUUCGUUGCCAAGACAACCCCGAAGAAAUACGAAAUCCAGAACAAUACGCUGUGUACGAGGAGCCUCGUAUUCUCUGGUGCACGCGUUCGUUGUGAAUGUCAAGGGAAACAGUGCCCUGCCCUCCACAGCGACCCAGGAAAAGAAAAUACAUUCAGCAGAGAUUCUUCUUCAUAAAGCAGAAAUAUGGCAACAAAGGAGAAGCUUCAGUGCUUGAAAGAUUUCCACAAGGACAUCCUCAAACCUUCCCCCGGCAAGAGCCCGGGGACACGGCCUGAGGAUGAGGCUGAGGGAAAGCCACCGCAGCGCGAGAAGUGGGCGAGCAAGAUCGACUUCCUGCUGUCCGUGGCGGGGGGAUUCAUCGGUUUGGGCAACGUCUGGCGGUUCCCGUAUCUCUGCUACAAAAACGGCGGAGGUGCAUUUCUUAUACCUUAUUUCAUUUUCCUGUUUGGGGGAGGUCUUCCCGUGUUUUUCCUGGAGGUGGUGCUAGGACAGUAUACCUCCGAAGGUGGAAUUACAUGCUGGGAAAAGAUCUGCCCUAUUUUCACUGGAAUUGGUUAUGCUUCCAUAGUGAUUGUGUCCCUUCUGAAUGUGUACUACAUCGUGAUCCUGGCCUGGGGACUCUACUACCUGUUCCAGUCGUUCCAGAGCGUCCUGCCAUGGGCACACUGCCACCAGAAGUGGAACACGCCCACCUGUGUGGAAGACACUCUCAGGAAGAACAAAACACUCUGGAUAUCACUGAAUGCCACUAACUUCACCUCUCCUGUCACAGAGUUUUGGGAGCGCAAUGUGCUGAGCUUGUCCUCGGGAAUUGAAGAUAUUGGUAUUAUCAAGUGGGAUCUAGCACUGUGUCUCCUCCUUGUCUGGGUGAUAUGUUUCUUCUGCAUUUGGAAAGGAGUCAAAUCCACUGGGAAGGUAGUGUACAUCACUGCCACAUUCCCAUUCAUCAUGCUCCUUGUUCUGCUCAUCCGUGGUGUGACCCUGCCUGGAGCUGCAGAAGGCAUCAAGUUUUAUCUUUACCCUGAUAUCUCACGGUUAGCUGACCCACAGGUCUGGAUAGAUGCAGGGACACAAAUCUUCUUCUCAUAUGCAAUCUGCUUAGGAGCAAUGACUUCCCUGGGGAGCUACAACAAGUACAAAUACAACUGCUAUAGGGACUGUUUGCUGCUGGGAUGCCUGAACAGUGGUACCAGUUUUGUGUCUGGCUUCGCAAUUUUUUCCGUCCUGGGCUUCAUGGCACAAGAGCAAGGGGUGAACAUUGCUGAUGUGGCAGAGUCAGGUCCAGGCCUGGCCUUCAUUGCCUACCCAAAAGCUGUGUCCAUGAUGCCACUGCCCACCUUUUGGGCAAUCCUUUUUUUUAUUAUGCUUCUGUUGCUUGGACUGGAUAGCCAGUUUGUUGAAGUUGAAGGACAGAUCACGUCAUUAGUUGAUCUGCACCCAUCCUUCCUAAGGAAGGGUUACCGACGGGAAAUCUUCAUCGCUAUAGUGUGUUUCCUUAGCUAUCUUCUGGGACUAACUAUGGUGACUGAGGGUGGCAUGUAUGUUUUUCAACUCUUUGACUACUAUGCAGCUAGUGGUGUAUGCCUUUUGUGGGUUGCAUUCUUUGAAUGUAUUGCUGUAGCCUGGGUUUAUGGCGCUGAUAAUAUUUAUGAUGCCAUUGAGGAUAUGAUUGGAUACAGACCUGGUCCCUGGAUGAAGUGGAGCUGGAUUGUGAUCACACCAGUUCUCUGCGUGGGGUGCUUUAUCUUUUCUUUGGCCAAGUAUAAACCACUGACCUACAACAAAGUCUACACAUACCCAGACUGGGCAAUUGGCCUGGGCUGGGUUCUUGCCCUUUCCUCCAUGAUCUGUAUCCCUAUGGUGAUGGUCAUCCGCAUCAUUCGGUCAGAUGGGUCACUCAUUGAGAGGAUAAAGGCGGUGGCUGCCCCCAAGGAGGUGAACCGGUGGUCCAAAGAAACGGAGAGUGGCACCCCCUUCUGCCCCAAUGGAACUUCGAAUGGCGGAUUGAUCAAGCCAACUCAUAUCAUUGUGGAAACCAUGAUGUGAGCUCUCUCUGUGAGAGGAUAAACCUGCUUUAACUGCCGUUUACUAACCAUAGAUUCUCAUAGGACCAGGUUUACAGAGCUUUAUAUUUGCACUAGGAUUUAUUUUUAUUUCUCACAGAGAAAGUUAUUUUUUGUGUGUUGUUUUUUUUUUUAAUAUUUUGUAAGGUAAUCACAGCAGACGUCUCUCUGUAGAGGGAGAGCUUUCAUAUCAGACUAGACAUAUUACAAGAAUUUACUAUUAUUGGGUUUUUUUAAAUAUAUAUAUCUUUAUCUCUAAAUAUUAUACACCUUACCACUUGAAUUGAUUGUCUUGCCAGCAAUACAUUCAAGUCUCAGAAAGCAAUUUUAGGUGCUGGUAUGGUUGGGAGCAGGGUAAUCUACAGAACACACAAAAGGAGCUCUGUUGAGAGAUA